AAUUUCCGUUAAGCCUCACUCUGACAAUGGAGGAGACCGAGGACAGGAAGGUCAGUACGGCAAUGAGACGGGGCAUUCAAGUGUUUGGCAACCGCAAGAUUAGGCAGGUUCAAGUGGACUGAGCAAAGGUGUUCAGCGAAACGAUCGCCCAGUCUGCGUUUGAUCUCGCCGAUGUAUGAGUCCACAUCUUGAACAACGGACACAGUAGAUGAUGUUGGAGGAGGUAAGCAGCGGAAAAGGCCUUGGAGGGUGCCGGCUGCCAGAGGACUGCCAGGACCUUGCGUGCAUGGCAUGAGCGGCCCUCUCACUGCUGACAGUGCUGCGCUUCCCCAGGCGUUGCCGCGGUGACACCGGGAGAAGGCUGGAACCGCACCAUUGUCACAGGAGAAUGGAAAGGGGUUAUCUUUCGCUGGCAGACUGUCGGGGGAGUGCAGAGAGUGGCCUGGCCUUGCACACUGAAGAGAUGGCUCUAAAGCCAAGGGAACAAUACAGAAGAGGGAAGAUCAACAACAUGUCUCCAGUGGAAGUGGGACAAGAAAGCUCAGCCGUUGUGCAUGAAUCCAGUGAGAACUCCCUGAUGAAGCUGCAAGCUCUCGACGUCGAUCUGUGCUCGGCUUUUACGCCCAGUCCGGAUGAAAAUCCCGCGACACAGUGUAGCAAGGAGCUGCCUCGCAACGGGCCACCGGACGAAGGCGGCAGCAGCGGUGAACACAGCAUCAUAGCCCCUAUCAUUGAUUUCAAAUUAAUGCAUCAGCAAAGAGAUGGUGAUGAACCGAUUCCGGCCUUUGAGAGCUGGCAGAGCGAGCUGGAGAACGGAAGAGAAGCCCAUCGAUCGCCGGGGGCUGGCAGGCUGCUGCACCACGUUGCUGAAGGGGACAAUCCGCUUAUAUCACCACGAUGCUCAAGUUUCAGCAAGAGCCAAAGAUUUGUACUGGACACAGAGGCUGCUCCAUCCCCGCCGAGUGCUCAACUCUUCAUCAUGCCGAGAAACUCUUCACUGGUCAAUUCCGAAGCUGAAAAUGGCCCAGUGUUGGUGAUGCAACUGACCAAACAGAUCCAGAACUUGAGAAAGAAAAUACGAAAAUAUGAAGAAAAAUUUGAGCAAGAAAAGAAAUAUCGGCCCUCCCAUAGUGAUAAGGUUGGCGAUCCCGAGGUCUUGAAGUGGAUGAACGAUCUAACAAGGGCCCGUAAGCAGUUAAAAGAACUGAAGCUGAAGAUCUCUGAGGAGGAGAAUAACAGAAGGCACAGGCAUCGAAGCAACCUGUUGUCCGUAAACUCCAGACAGGACAAAGAGAACAAGCAGCAUGAGUUGCAACAGAAGCCAAGUGUUGAGGAGACUGUACAAAUUGUGAUGAAAAAAUUGAAAGAAAAGCAGGAAAUACUUGGCCUUCCGGAAGAUGUCAAGGAAAUGACACAAAAGCAACUGAGGUUAGAUAAGGUCAACAUGCAAAAUUGCCUAUUGCAUUUUGAAAGCAUUCAUGGAAGACCGGUAUCCAAGCAGGAAAAACUACUGAUGAAGCCACUCUAUGACAGAUACCGAAGCAUCCGCCAGCUCCUCUCGCCUGUAGCCACAAUCCCCACAAUUGAAGAAGAAGGUUCAGAUGAAGAAACCAUCAUGAAGGGAUGUGAAAUAUCUUGCAGACCAGCAGCCGACUUGCCAUUCCAAGAAUUUGUAGACAAUGUAGGUCAUCGAGAUGAAGAUCGAGAACCAGGAUUUAUGCCCCUAGAUGAAAAGAAGGAUGCAAGGCAACUCACAACUUCACUGGCCAAUUUACACGAAGCCUCCAUGCCUGAACUAUUGGAACAUCUUCGUGAAACUCGAGCAGAGAAAAAGAAACUCCGUAAAACUCUCCGAGAGUUCGAAGAUCAAUUCUACAAACAAACAGGAAGGAAUGUACAGAAAGAAGAUCGCAUACCGAUGGCAGAAGAAUACAACGAGUACAAACACAUAAAAGCCAAGCUUCGAUUGUUGGAGGUGCUCAUUACUAAACUGGAUGGCUCAAAAACUCUUCUGAGUUCUUAAAAAAGAAAUCUUUCUUUGAACACUGUUUUCUCGUCCUGGCAACAAGCAGAGGAAGUUAUUCAAUCCGCCCACCCCCCUAAAGCUCCUGAAUAUUUGUGCCAUAGAAACUCUUGGCUGCACUUUAUUAACUACUGACAUCUCUACAUUGCAACAGUGACAGUGAGAAUGAACACAAAAGUUGCUGAGCAACUAGUGAAAGUCACCGUUACUGAAGGACAAAACUUUACAAGAUGCACUGAUAUUUUUGAGCAGCUAGCUUUGAGAAUUUUAUUAAAUAGAACUUUUUGGACAUUGAUAAACAAUGUUUGAAUUAAUUUCUGGCAGGAGAGAUGUUUUGGAUGGACUCAAUUAUUGAUGGUCUCUGGUUGAGACACCAUAGCACUUUAUUUGUAUCAUUGUGGACUGAAAAGGGAAGAUCAUGUAUAGUGAUAAAAGUCUGCAUAUUACUCGUUUUUUGUUUAUGAUUUCAGGUUAUAUAUGAAGUAGUUGCUUGCAGUUUUAAUACAAUCAAAGAUUAUAUUUGCUUGAUAAUGGAAGAAAUUCAAAUUGAAUAUAUAGUUGUUUGGACACAAUCCCUAUUCUCGAGAUCAUUUAAAGAUGCAAUUAUUUUAUCCAUUUUAAAUACCUGGGAUUACCAUAACUUAUACCGUUCACUGAAUAUGUUGUCAUUUAUAUUUUUGGAUAGAAUACUAAAAAACAUUUGUAAUGUUUUGUAAAUUUUCAUAAAUCACAUUCUGAAACACUAAUAUUUUAGCAUGCAUAAUAUUCCUGCAGUGCUUUAUGGAUCUAUGUGCAUUAUGCAAUAAUUGUCUUAAACUGCCCCAAUCAAUCCUUUCGAAAGAUGCAUGUGGACAUGGAAAGUUUGAGCCAUCUUACUUCAUAAUUUAAAAGAACUCCAAGCGAUUUGGAGGGGAUGGCGCAGUGGUAGAGCUGUUGCCUUACAGCGCUAGAAACACGAGUUCGAUUCUGACUACGGGUGUUGUCUGUAUGGAGAUUGCAUAUUCUCCCUGUGACCGCAUGGGUUUCUCCGGGUGCUCCGGUUUCCUCCCACACUCCAAAGACAUACAGCUUUGUAGGUUAAUUGGCUUUGGUAAGUUGUAAAAUUGACUCUAGUGUGUAGGUUAAUGUGCGGGGUGAUCGCUGGUCGGCACGCCCUCUUUGGGCCGAAGGGCCUAUUUCCUCUCUGAUUCGCUGAAGUCUGAAGACUUUAUCAAUGUUUUAUUUUAAGUAGCUCCUUGGCUAGCUCAUAACAACCCUCUCCAUAGUUAGGAAUUAACCAUGAAAUUAUGCACCCAAGAUGCCAUUAUAUAUUUGAAACACAGUUCCAUAUAAUCCCACUCUCUAAAAUCCCUCUUCUAAUGCAUAACAGCAGCUAUCUUCUCUUCAGUAAUUUCUCACUUUCUCAGUCAAACUUUAAUAUUUAAUUACUUUUAGCAAUGACUUUUUGAGUUUUUGUCAGAUACCUUUUGGAAAUAGCUCAUUGCGACAAGGUUUGCUUCAGUCCACUUAGAAUGCCACUCCUUCAAAUAGAAAUUCUUGACUGCUGUUCAGGGUUAGUGCUGUACAGAUAAUCUUAAAGCUGAUCUUGGUAAUGAAUUCCACUAUUUUCUGCUAGGAACGUAAAACCAUUAGCCGAAUCUCGCACUUUUUAAAAAACAUUUUAAUAGGGCUUCCCUCGAGUUCACGAUCUCCAUCAGCAUAAAUCGGAUCUUAUAUUUUGAGGCCAUGUAUGUCACUGACAUUCAUAUCAUUGAUUGGCUCGAUCUUUCUGCUGAUCAACAAACCGUGCAGUUCCUCAGUCUGCUAAAUCUGGCCUUACCUGGAAUAUGUCCCGAGAUAUGAACUUCACAGCUCCUACUAGGUUGUCCCAAUGCUGAACAAGGUUGUUCCAGUUUGAAAUGACCAGUACCACCCCAGAAUUGCCUUGGUAGCUGGUUAAACUAUGACUCGAAGCUUACCAGCCGUUAAAAACUCUGGUUGCAUGAGGACAUCUUGGUUUCUGACUCACUAUUUUUAAAACUACUAAAUAUCUUUAUUGGCACAAUUAACAUGAAUAAAAUUUGCAUCAGCAAGUCUUGUCCGUUUCAGUCUGGAUACAGUUUUAAAGAUGAAAAUUAAUUAAGUUUAAAUUAGUCAACCUCACUAACAUGAAAAUCUAAAUUUAUGUGGAACAAGAAUGUAAAAAUCUAAAUUUGCAUAGGCAGAUGCAGUCAGCGUAGGAUUCGAUUUUUGGGCUAAUGAUUUUCUAAUUUGACUUUAAUCCAUCUAAUGAAAGCAUCAGUUGCACCUCCCUCCCACCUCAUAUUUUAUUGUAAGGUUUAUAAUAUGCAUUGCUUAAGAAAAAUAUAUAUUUGUGAGAUUUAUUCUGAAAUCUCAAAAAUAACGUUUAUUAAAAGGGGAGUUGUGGGCUCACAGGAGUUUAAGUUUGGCUGCUUUUGGAGAGAGAGAGAGGGAGAGAGACAUUGCCCUGCUGAUCCCCAUUUGCACAUCCUUUCAAAACUAUUUUCCUUAACCUUGUCCCUCGCUUGCAUUUUAAAAAGAUCUACGCAUCCCUUGGCUCUUGGAGCUGCUAAAACCAUAAGCCUGGAACUUUUGACAUUCUGUUGGUGCUACCACAUAAAAGUUAUCAAUGUCUGGUUGAGGUAUCGUUAUGCAUUUGAAGUCACUUGUAAUGUUUAUUUGAACUCUGAAGACAGAUACAAAAUGCUAGAGCAACUGAGCAGGACAGGCAGCAUCCCUGGAAAAAAAAUAAUAGUGACGUUUCGGGUUGAAACCGUUCUUUGGUCUGAGGAAAGGUCUCAACUCGAAACGUCACCUAUUCCUUUUCUCCAGAGAUGCUGCCUGAUCUGCUGAGUUACUCCGGCAUGUUGUGUCUAAACUCGGUUUAAACCAGCAUCUGCAGUUCCUUCCUACACAUUUAUUUGAACUGAGCUCAUUUGGAAAACAUUUUGCAAUUCCAAAUGAAUGUACAGAAAUUUUAAAUCUUUAUAAUACGUGAUCAAAAAUGUAGUCACCAGAAAUAUUUGCUGAAUUGGAACUUCUAUGGAACAAAAAUUUAAAUUUGCCUGCUUGGUUCAGGUAUUAUUAACUGAAGCAGCACAAAGUGUAGCUUUAUCCUUGGAUGGAAACAUUUAUUUAAAAUCGUACUGGCAGUGUAAGAAUUUAACUCAGGUUGCACAAUUGGAACCACAAUCUACAAUCUUAUUAUUGUAGAUAAAGAUAUCUGAUUUGUGAGGAGAGUUUUAAAUGCAGUGUUAAGUUGCCACUCUUAAAAUGACAACUGUUGUUUUGAAAAGAUUCACCCCCCUUCCUCUAAGAACAUUCAAUAACCAUGGUCACUGAUGCAAACUAUAUGGAUUUAUUUUUAAAGAACGUAAAUUGUUUGCUUAACACAAUGUCACUCGUUGUAUUUCUUUGCAGGUAACUGUUUAUCAAAUUGUGUAUGUUUGCAAAA